GAGCUCAGUUUGGAGUGUACCUCGGAACGAAUCGGAUCCCAUCUUCCAGCAGCAGUGGACUAGCUAGCAGCAUCUGAACUCUCUCGUGAAGCGACUAGUAUCAAUUAUGGAAAAAUCGUUAACAGUGUAGUAGCAGGAAAAUGAAAUGAAAACCCUCAUCAUCACCGGAAAUUGUGGAGCAGCGGGAAAAUCAUAGCUCAUCGCUUUCAACAAGUUGAGCUGAUGCAUACGAUUAAAUUGCAUCCCCUAUAGUCCGACGAGUCCAUGAUACAUGAGACACAUAGCAUAUAGCCUCUGAAAUCAAACGACAACACAAGUGGAUGUUUGAUUGGAAAAAAGAAGUGGGUUCCAUUUAGCGGAAAAUUAAAAAAAGAAAAAAAACCAGUGGUGUCAUAAAUCUAGUGCUGAAUGGUGGAAAAUUGUGCAGCUGAUCAAACGAGUUCCCAUCAACAAGAGUUUAACGAGGCUGAUAGUGAUGGCACCAUUUCGAUGCAACUAGUGAAGUAAAACGGCAAAAAAAAGUUCCAACAAAAUCUUCAUCGUUCGUCUAGUGUUCGGGUCUAACGGUUUUUGUGUGAUCUAGCAACGUCAUCAUGUCGCUCACGGUUCGGAUCAACAAAUUUCAGCUGCCCAAGCCCAAAUCCAAUCUGCUUGGGCGGGUUGAGUUCAGAGGUCUACUUCACAAGGGCCGUCUUCACAUCCAGGACCGUUUGGUGGACCUAUCCAAUAAGCCUAUCGACGCCUUUGUCAGCUUCGACGUGAGCUACCAGAGUCCGGACGACGAAUCCGGCAAUUUCGAGUCCUCACACGUGGCUAAAAGUCUGCACCACCAGCACAGCAGCAUCGACGACGACCAGCAGAUGCUGCUGGACAUCGAACAGAACAUCGCCAAUCUGGAGAAGAGCCUUAACCGGGGUGGAGGUGGUGGAAGUUCUGCAGCUGGCAGUAGUGGCGAUGGAGGAGGAAGAAGUUCCUUUUCCGGUGGAGGUGGAAAUGGAGGUGGUGGGGGAAGUAAAGGAGCUAGUGUGAUAAAAAGGGUGAUGUCAUCUGGAUCCACCUCGUUACACGAGAAAAGUAGCUAUCCAGCUGUCAAAUACGAUAAAGCUUCCUCGGACAACGAAUCUUCAUCCAAGCCGGCGAAAUCAAUUUCGGAUAAAAAAGUAACUCUAAGGACGGUGAGGAACUUCAUCCGGUUGGGUCGGUCGAGGAAUCCUUCCAGGGAAAGUCGGGACAGUAGUACGGAAGAUGAGGGUCGUUCGCUGAUAACAGAUUCUGAGGAUGCUCUGGGAGGCCCAGCAAGUUUGGGUCAACAGAGCAGUAGUCACCAUCAGCAGCAUCAGCAACGGCAUCCACAUCAGCACCAACACCAGGAUCAGCACACUUCACAUGGUUCCGUGACCAGUCCGAGUACUACGGCCGGAACCGGACCAGCCUAUGAAAACAUGUCCCAAACCGGAAGCACCCACUCGAAUGCCUCCAGCGACGGGGAUGAAAACACCAACAAUGAGAAGCUGAAAAAACUAAAGCAGCUGGCCAAAUGCAACGACCAUCUCAAGAGCCAGGACUUCCAGGUGUGCGUGACGAUAAUUGAGGCGAGGCAACUUCCUGGGCUGAAUAUGGACCCGGUCGUCUGCAUCCAAGUGGGCGACCAGAAAAAGUACACCAGCGUCAAGGAAAGUACCAACUGUCCGUACUACAAUGAGUAUUUUGUCUUCGACUUCCACAUGCCCCCGGUGAUGUUGUUCGAUAAAAUCAUAACGCUAUCUGUGAUACACUCACGCAAAUUUAUGCGCUCCGGAACGGUGGUCGGUUCGUUCAAGAUCGACCUCAAAACGGUGUACGAUGCUCCCGAUCACCAAUUCUACCACAAAUGGGCACUGCUGACGGAUCCGGAAGAUCUGGCCUCCGGACCCAAAGGUUACCUGAAGUGUGACGUCGGCAUCAUCGGCAAGGGCGAUACGGUCAAAGUUCCUCCAAAAUCGGAAAAGGAUCCGGACGACAUAGAAGCAAACCUUCUACUUCCGGACGGCGUUCCCAUCGAGCGACAACGGGCCAAGUUCAUCGUUAAAAUCUACCGAGCAGAUGGCCUACCUCGGAUGAAUUCCUCCAUCAUGGCGAACGUUAAACGGGCCUUUACUGGCGAGAAUAAAGACUUGGUCAAUCCGUACGUGCAGGUCUCCUUUGCCGGGCUAAGUGGUAAAACCAGCGUCAAGAAGGCUUCCUACAAUCCUGUAUGGAACGAGCAGCUGGUGUUUACGGAGAUGUUUCCGCCGCUUUGUCAACGGAUUAAGAUUCAGCUGCGGGAUGCUGAUCCGAUGAAACCAUCGAUCAUUGGGACACAUUACAUCGAUCUGAAGCAGGUUUCCAAUGAUGGGGAGAAGGGUUUCCUGCCCACCUAUGGACCGUCGUUUGUGCACCUGUAUGGAUCUACGAGGGACUAUGCGCUUCUGGAUCAGCAUUCGAACUUGAACACUGGCUUAGGGGAAGGUGUUAGCUAUCGGGCAAGGUUGCUGGUGGCUAUUCGGACUGAGAUAACGGAUAAUGUGGAGCUGUUUACGGAUAAAAAUGUGGAACUCGAAACAACGCUGCCUAUAUCGGAGUCCUCCUACUGCAAGAACGAUGACUUUUUCCUAUUUGGGUCGGUGCUGGAGGCCUCGAUGAUCGAGAAGAAACUGUGCGAUCGGCCCGUCUACUUCGAGCUGAGCAUGGGCAACUCGGGCAACUCGCUCGACGGGCACAACGAAAGCGCAACGAACCUGAACGACGACGGCGACGACCUGGAAUCUGUGGACACGACCUCGUUCAACAGUACUACAAGUGCCUCGAAGCCGAUCUCGCACGACAAGAACCACUACUUCCUGCCGUACUGGGACAACAAACCGUGCAUGGAUGUACGGUGUUCGUUUCCUGAUUUGCGAAGGCGGAUGUAUAAUAGUAACAUGAUUGCGAAGAUCACGGAGCGGAUGGAAAUUGGGUUGGCGGAGACGAAUUUGUUGAUCGAGGAUGAGGAUCCUACGGCGGAGGUUAAGUUGAGGGCUGUUUUGGAGGAGGUUGCUACCAGUUGUAACAAAUAUGGAACUAUCACAAAAGGAGCGCUGGUUGGACCAGGAACGGGGAAAACUAAGCUGGAUAAGGAACGAAUGAAACUUUGUCAACGGGAGGUGGAAUCGAUCGGGAAUAUGUCACGGAAUCUAAGAGCCUUGGUAACUAAGAGCUCGAUGAAGGAACGGUACAAAACGGCUCAAAGUUAUUUGAAUAAACUGAGGUUCCUUAUCGAUGAUCCUCAACACGCGCUUCCGGAUGUUUUCAUUUGGAUGAUUGCAAACGCGAAGCGAGUUGCAUAUCAUAGGAUCAGUGCGCGGGACCUGAUCUAUUCUACGACCGAGGAAGAAACAGGAAUAUUUUGUAGCAAAGUGCAAACAGUGUUUCUCAAAUUGCCGGGGAAACAGUCUGAAGGACCUGCUGGUUGGCAGGUUCAAGCCAAGCUCAGUAUUUAUCUAUGGCUAGGCGUUUUGAAGCACAAGAAGUCGUUCUUUCAAGGUCUUCCUCGAGGUUACGACCUGUCACAUGAACUGAAGCAUGCGGAUAAGACUACGGUGCCGGCUCCUUCAGAUGUACGAUAUGUGGACAAACACAUCUUCCAACUAAGGGCUCACGUGUACCAGGCUCGAUCACUGAUCGGCUCAGAUGCUUCGGGAUUGAGUGACCCGUACGCCACAGUUUAUAUAACAGAGUUCGCUCGAACAACACAAGUCAUCGAAGAAACGCUCAGUCCUACCUGGGACGAGCUACUGCUCUUCGACGAAAUUGUGAUUUAUGGAGCUAAGGAAGAGAUCAAGAGAGACCCACCGACUGUUGUGAUAGAUAUCUACGAUCAAGAUAAGGUUGGUAAGUCGGAGUUCAUUGGUCGAGCCUUGGCGAAACCUCGCAUUAAACUGAAAGACAACCAUUACACCAAUCCGGUAUUGGAAUGGUUUGAGAUAACUCGAGGUCUUGAUAAUGCCGGUGAGCUUUUGGCAGCUUUUGAAAUGCUUGAAUUGGGCUCAAACGACAUCCCACAGCUGGCUGAUCCCAAGUACAUAGCUACCGAAUUCCGAGGGGACAAGAAGGCCCCAGCUACGAUGACGAUCCUACCAGUCCCGAGAGAAGUACGGCCAAAUUUAGCGCGCUUCCGAAUUGAAGUUCUUUUCUGGGGUCUUCGAGACCUCAAAAGGGUACACUUCAUGACCGUCGAUAAGCCCCGCAUAGACAUCGAAUGUUCCGGUAAGAUUCUCAACUCCAGCGUCAUCCAGAACACCAAAAAGAAUCCCAACUUUGCCAACAUGCUCAAAUUCUUCGACCUAGAACUGCCCCUGGAGGAGCGCUACGCACCACCGAUCACCAUCCGCGCCGUAGACUGUAGAUCGUUCGGUCGAUACACGCUAGUCGGCACCCAUCAGAUUACUUCCAUCCACAAGUACAUGCAUCGACCGCCGGCUAAGGAUGACACCCGAAAAAUUAACCAAAACGGCCAAAUAGUUCUCUCGAAACAGAAAGACAUGAUCGGGAACAACACCACCCUGCCGAACGAUAGUUCAAUCAUGAAAUCGCUUUCCGGAGAUAACCUCACCCUGUACGGAGCGGCUUGCGUUAGUAAAGUAGCUAAGAAUAAAAAGACGAAGAAAAAAUUGGAGCAUGAAGACACCUUCGAAGCGGAAGACGACGAUGAAUCCAGUAAGGAUUGGUGGACGAAGUAUUUCCUUUCGUACGAAAGGCUAAUCGAGGCUUCCAAGACUGUCGCUAACACUAGAGCGUUGGAGAACCAUGUGGGUUCCACAGCCGAAGGUGGUAAAAAACUUGGAGUCAAAACUUCGAAGUUUGUGUCCAAAUUGAGUCCUAAGACAACGCCUAAGAAAACUGCUAGCCCCAAUACGGCGACCUGUCAGAUCUAUCCCACAGAACUGGAAUCGCUUCCGGAGUACAACAACUUUAAGGAGUGGUUGCUAUCGUUCCCACUUUAUCGGGGUAAGAAGACCGGUGAUAGUACUGAGGAUGAGAAUCGAAUAGUUGGUUCAUUCAAGGGUGCGAUCAAAGUUUACCGACUUCCCAUCGAGAAGGGCAUGGAGCCCGCCUUUGCUCCGACACUUCCCCUUAACGAUCCUAUCCAUGUGUUGGUAAGAGUUUACGUGAUCAAGGGUACAGACCUGCAUCCGAUGGAUCUGAACGGAAAGGCAGACCCCUACGUUGUUCUACAGUUGGGCAGUAAACGAGUAUCGGACAAAGAAAACUACGUUAGCAAACAGUUGAAUCCAGUGUUUGGUAAAUGCUUCGAAAUUGAGGCAACCUUCCCACAGGAUUCGAUGCUUACAGUACAGAUCUACGAUUGGGAUCUGGUUGGAUCCGAUGAUUUGAUUGGUGAGACCAAGAUCGAUUUGGAAAACAGGUUCUACAGCAAACACCGUGCCAUGUGUGGUAUCGCUGCGCGAUACGAAGACACCGGUUACAACCAGUGGCGGGACCCGAUGAAGCCGACCCAGAUUCUGACGAAGCUGUGUAAGGAGAAUAAACUGGAGCCGCCCCAGUACCUGCAGGAUCGGGUAACGAUUGGGCGGUACUGUUUUACCUUUUCAAAUGAGGAAAUCCAAACGUGGAAUAGUCCAACGACCUGCAAGUACCGGGACGAGCAUUUGGCCUUGGCGGUGCUGCACCGGUGGGAGGAGGUCCCCCGGGUUGGGUGUAAGAUCGUUCCCGAACACAUCGAAUCCCGGUCCCUGUACAACACGGACAAACCGGGCAUCGAGCAAGGCAAGCUGGAGAUGUGGGUCGACAUGUUCCCGAUGGAUAUGCCGUUGCCUGGACCCCCGGUAGACAUUUCUCCUCGGAAACCGAAAGCCUACGAGUUGCGGGUGGUCAUCUGGAACACCGAUGAUGUCGUCCUGGAGGACGAUGCCUUCUUCACCGGCGAAAAGAUGUCCGACAUCUACGUCAAGGGUUGGCUGAAAGGACCACAGGACAUUCAAUCGACGGACAUCCACUACCGAUCCCUAACCGGUGAAGGUAACUUCAACUGGCGCUUCAUUUAUCCGUUCGAAUACCUGGCGGCCGAGGAACGGAUUGUCCUGUCCCGCAAAGAAUCUCUGUUCAGUUGGGACGAAACGGAAGUGAAAAUCCCGGCCCGCCUUGAGCUCCAAGUCUGGGAUGCGGACCACUUUUCGGCCGACGAUUUCCUGGGGGCCAUAUCGCUUAACCUCAAUCGCUUCCCGCGGGGAGCCAAAUCGUCGAAGCUGUGCACCCUGGAGAUGCUCAAAACGGACAACGUGCCAACGGUGAAUAUUUUCAAGCAGAAACGGGUCCGCGGGUGGUGGCCCUUCUUUAUCAAAAAGGAAAACGACGAGAUGGAGUUAACUGGGAAGGUGGAGGCAGAAAUUCAUCUGCUCUCGAAAGAGGAGGCUGAGAAAAAUCCUGCCGGCUACGGGCGAAACGAACCGGAUCCUCUGGAAAAGCCCAAUCGCCCGGAUGCGUCGUUUAUGUGGUUCCUAAAUCCGCUGAAAUCGAUCCGGUACAUCAUCUGGCACAACUACAAGUGGCGAAUCAUCAAGGGACUCAUCAUAUUGGGCUUGGCCAUCCUUUUGCUGUUGUUCUUCUACGCCAUCCCGGGUUAUUCGGUAAAGAAAAUGCUCGGAGCGUAAACAAAACCACCAAUUAUGGCCCAUGGCAUGCUGUUGUGUUUUUAUGUGCUGAUUUCAACAUGUCAGGAAAUUUAACAAGUUAAUCCCACAUUGGAAAAUUUUUCAACACAAAAACUCAAUUUCAAGACUGGAUUUUUUAAAAACCGAUUUCACUUUUGCUAGGUUGAAUCUUUUGAUGACAGAAGUAGUUGGAUUGAAAAACUGAAAACAAAGAAUUUAAGAACGUUUACACCAAAAAGUUAAACUAGAAGAAAAACACAUUGUUAUCAACAUCGAAUCGUUUAGCAUAUCAGUAUUAGACCACCAGAAAUUGAGAGAGGAAGGAAAAUAUUUGAGAAGGAGAGUUUCGUAUCAACGUAAGCAACGUUCGCUCGAAAAAUUUUGUAAAUAAAUAUUUUUCCAAUUUUCUUCCACUCAAAUAACGCACAGAAAAAACUUAAGAGACAAAAAUGCAAAUUUCCAUAUAUUUUUUCUACAUCUCGUCCAGCUUCUAGAAACUUUUAAAGUUCUCAAGAAAAGUUGCUAAGCGAAAUAAAAAAAAACAAAACUAAACACAUUUCACCUUCUAUAAAUUUUCACUCGAAUAGUCUGACGCUUAAAAAACAAAAAACCAUGAAUCGUAAAAGAAAGAGUUUAAUCAUGAUUAGCCAUCAGUGAUUGUAGUUAGACAAAAACAAAAAACAAAACAAAAACUAUCACAAUUCGAUUGUGAACAAUAGAAAACAAACAAAUCAAAACACGAAGAACAAUCCUUAAAUCAACAAUGCUUUAACGUACACCACACAAAUAUUUGCACAAUAGAGAACUUUAAGAAAAAUUAUCCUAACUCAAAAUCACAAAACCAAAACCCUUAAACAGAAAAGGCAAAGUAUGAUUCCAUAUCACGUCAAACGGCAAUGCACCCAUCGGCUUUAUUAGGUGAGCACAUCACCACAUUUCAUCAAUAGGAGCUUUGAAUUUUCAUGACCAAUUAAGAUGUAGCAAAAUGUGGACCCCGGCCCGGAGAAGUUGUAUAGCUAUGAAAUAUUGAAAACAAAAAAAAAACAACAAAAGAAAACGUUACUGUAAGGUUUAUAGUAUAACCGAAUCAUGUUUGUAUCGGGUAUGAUGUUUUUCCCAAGCGUUUAGUCCUGUUUGAUUAUUAUAGACACAAUGUAAACAAAAAACAGUUACACAAACUGUUUGAAGAUUUCAAAAACAAAAAUUAAAACAAAUCAAACGAAAUGUUCGGACUAAGUUGCGGAUGUAUAGUGAAAUUGUUACCCCCUCGAAAGCUUUAAGAAUGUAAAAUUAAUCUCAAACGUUUUGAAUUGUUAAGCUAUUUAUCGAUUUUUUUUAAAUAUAAUUUAAAAAAAACAUAUUUAUGUUUAUUUUGAAAAAUAAAUAGGAAAAAAUAUGUCAGAUUAAACAAUCACAUCUAAUAAAACUGUUUCAAUAUUUGAAAACCAAGUUCAGGAUCUCUUGAAAUCAACCAGAAUAAAUCUAAAUCAUUUUUCAAAAGUUUAAAACUGUCUAUAUUGCUUUAAGUGUCAAAAAUGUCAAAUUGCUUACAUCAACCAAAUCAAAAUGUGCAAAAUUGUCAAAACUAUCAAUAUUGUCGAAAUUGUUAAAAUUGUGCAAAUUGUAAAAAUUGUCAAAGUACUAAAAAUUGAUUGAAAUUGUAAAAAUUGAUUAAAAUUUUCAAAAUUCUCACAGUUGUCAAAAUUGUCAAAAUCCGAAUUGUCAAAAUUGUCAAAAUCCGAACUGUAAAUAUUGUAAAA